AUGGCGAGCAAGCCCAUCUUUGUGGCUACUCAUCCGAGGGCCUGCUCGACGGCCUUUGAGCGGGUCUUCAUGACCCGCUACGACACGCUCCAGUGCGUUCACGAGCCUUUCGGCGACGCCUACUACUUCGGUCCCGAGCGCCUCGCUGAGCGUUAUGAGAGUGACGCGAAAGCCAGGAAAGAGUCUGGCUAUGAGGAGAGCACAUACAAGACCAUUUUUGAUCGCAUCGCGAGAGAAAACUCGGAGGGCAAGCGCGCUUUCAUCAAGGACAUGGCCCAAUACUGGAUUCCUCCCGCAGGCAAGCCCGCUACCAUCGCCCCGUCUCUAUCCAACUAUCGUCGCGGCGUAGGAACAGACACCACACAGCUAUCGCCUGUCACUACUCGUAAUGAACGUCCCGGACCUCCUUACCCGUACGACACCCAAGGCGAACCCAACAACCCUACAGUCAUUCCUGCGGAUCUGUUGGCAACCUACCACUUCACAUUUCUGAUCCGUCACCCCAAGUUCUCCAUCCCAUCGUACUACCGCUGCACUAUCCCUCCGCUGGAUAAAAUGACGGGCUUUUACAACUUCCGCCCUGACGAAGCUGGCUACGAAGAGCUCCGUCGACUGUUCGACUACCUGCGUUCCGAGGGCCAGAUCGGUCCCAAGUUCGCGGGUCAGAAGCAGCACGACUCCAAUGAGCAGACAAACGGCCACACUGGCGGUGUUGAGAUCUGCGUCAUCGAUGCAGACGAUUUGCUGGACAAUCCAUCUGGCAUGGUUGAAGCAUUCUGCAAAACCACGGGAAUCGAAUGGGACCCAGACAUGCUCGUGUGGGACACAGAGAAGGACCAAGGUAUCGCCAAGGAGGCGUUUGAGAAAUGGAAGGGUUUCCAUGAGGAUGCUUUGGAUAGUGAUCGCUUGAGGGCGCGGACACAUAAGAAGGAACCCAAGUCAGACGAGCAGCUUUUCGCUGAGUGGAAGGAGAAGUACGGUGAAGAGGGUGCCAAGCAGAUCCGGGACACCGUUGCUGCUAAUGUUGAGCAUUACGAAUACCUCAAGCAGUUUGCUAUCAAAUUGUAG